AUGGAGAACUGUAUUAGAUGUUUUGACGAUAUUUCCAAAGCGGCUUACGAUGACGAAGAUAUUGUGACGAACACAUCAUCAGAACAGGUACAUGUUGAAAAUGUGAUCCUGAGGAUCUAUAAGCAGUUUGAGGAAAAGGCAUCUGUUGACCCUGAUCUUCCGAAACUAAAGAAAAAUUCUCAUGCAAAUUAUCUUAAAAAUGCCUUGAUGCAACUGCCACAGUCCUAUUCUUGUCUGGAAGCCAGCCGACCGUGGCUUAUAUAUUGGAUAUUGCAUGGUCUUUGGUGCUUAAAAGACUUACCAGAUGCAUCAACAUUAUCACAAGUAGUAAAUUUUUUGGCAAAAUGCCAGAACAAAGAUGGUGGGUACGGAGGUGGCCCAGGUCAAUUCUCACACCUGGGGGCUACUUAUGCAGCUGUUAAUGCUCUUAGUAUAAUCGGUACAGACGAAGCAUAUAAUUCAAUCGACCGAAGCGCCUUGCAGAACUUUUUGUGGUCGGUCAGAGAGGUUGACGGUUCAUUUGCAGUUCAUAGAGGUGGGGAACAGGAUAUUAGAGGGGCAUACUGUGCUAUAAGCGUCGCUAAAGUAACAAAUAUCUAUACUGAUAUGUUAUUUGAUAAAACCGCGGAAUGGAUUGUUAGUUGUCAGAGUUAUGAAGGAGGAUUUGCUGGUUGUCCGGGAAUGGAAGCCCAUGGGGGAUAUGCAUACUGCGGUAUAGCUUCGUUAGCUUUAUUAAAUAGAACUCAGCUUUGUGAUGUAGAUGCCCUUUUGAGGUGGUGUGCAAACAAACAGACGAGCUUGGAAGGCGGGUUCCAGGGUAGGACUAAUAAACUUGUUGAUGCCUGCUACUCGUUCUGGCAAGGUGCUAUUUUCCCUAUCAUAAGUGCAAUAUUAUCUCAAGAUGACAAGGAAAUGAUAGAAACAGUACUUUUCAACCAGGGUGCCUUACAAGAAUAUAUCUUGGUUUGCUGUCAAGCUUCAGACGGUGGACUUAUUGACAAGCCAGGAAAGCCUCGUGAUAUAUAUCAUACUUGUUAUACUCUUAGUGGCUUGUCAAUCGCCCAGCAUGGAACUGGUGCAAACAAUCCUUACACCGUUGGAACGCCUCACAAUGAACUUAAUAGGACUCAUCCAUUACAUAACAUCGGUCCACAUCUUGCAUAUAAUGCUCUGCACUAUUUUAUCCGACACCCUCCACCAGUGAAAGAUAAGAAUUAG